CUCAAAGAGCGCGGCAUUGAUCUCAUGGCAUAUCAGAGACAAACCGAUGGACCAAAUGAUAUGAAUCGGAGAAUAUCUAUCACUCCAUCGAUGGUCUCAUCUAUUAGUGAGGGAUCGGAAAUGACGGACGUUAAGGAAGGGGAGGAAAUAGAAGAACAGGAAGUGAAGGCCGAACUCAAAAUGAUUGGAUCCGUUGAGUCCUCUGUAUAUUAUGAGUACAUUAAAGCCGGCGUUGGAUUUCUGGUUGUAUUUCUUACCAUUUUGACUAAUGAAAUGCGCAAAACGCCUGAUAAAGUGGAUCAAACAUUCAACAUAAUUAUAUACACGAGUCUAACCUGUGGUCUGUUUGUGUCGGCCCUGUUGUCCAUCAUUUGUUUCUACAUAAUGUGUAUGAGAUCUUCAGUUAAUCUCUAUAACAAAAUAUUCUGUGCGUUAUUGCGAUCACCGAUACAUCUGUUUGAGAGCUCACCCAUUGGCCGAAUACUAAACAGAUUUUCAAAAGACACGGGAAUUGUGGACGAAUUGUUACCAUCGGUUGUCUUCGAAUGUAUUACUAGCCGCGAGGGAUAUAUAGCGUUUGGAGGGGUUGUGUGGUUUCCGAUCGGGAGCGGANACGUGAACACAACGCUGUGUGGGCUGACAUCGAUCCGUGCGUUUGGCGCACAGCAUAUGUUUGAGCGUCAGUUUGAAGUCCACCAAAACGACAACACCUCUACUUUUUUCCUAUUCAUCUGCACUUCCAGAGCACUCUCAGUCUUAGUCGACACGAUUUGCAUACUAUAUCUCAUCGCUAUUAUUGUAUAUAUUAUGAUCAGUAAUGAGGCCCUAUCGUUGACAUCUGUUUUUCAAAUGGGUGUUAAAUUGUCGGCCGAUACCGAGUUAUAUAUGACUUCUGUCGAGCGAGUGCUCGAAUACACGGUUAUUAAACCCGAAGCAGAGCUCGAGUCCACUCCCGAUCGGAAACCACCUAAAAAUUGGCCACAAAUGGGAGAAAUAGUGUUCAAAGAUAUGAGUCUUCAAUACAACGAAUCGCCGCAUAAAGUGCUC